CUUUACUAAGAUAAGAGAGAGACUGUCUCUGUUUUCUCUGCAAGAAAACUCCUCACUUUCUCUCUCUCUCUCUCUCUAGAAAAAGUUGGCAGCUUUCCUCGAAAAAAAAGACUCUCUUUUACUUACUGCGAUUGGGUUUCUCACGAAAAUGGCGAUCGAGGAUCAAGAAAACACAAUCCGAGAAAUCAAGCCUAAGAACAGAAGAAUCAUGGGAGCUGGUGGACCAGAGGAGGAAGAUAACAGGCAGCCACCAUGGCUGAAACCUCUGCUUCAAGAGAAAUUUUUUGGUCAUUGCAAGUUUCAUGUAGACUCUCACAAGAGUGAAUGCAAUAUGUACUGCUUAGACUGUACCAACGGCCCACUUUGUUCUCUUUGUCUUGCCCAUCACAAGGAUCAUCACACCAUUCAGAUAAGGAGAUCUUCAUAUCAUGAUGUUAUAAGGGUAAAUGAGAUACAAAAGCAUAUUGAUAUAUCAGGGAUCCAAACUUAUGUGAUCAAUAGUGCUAAAGUCAUCUUCUUGAACGAGAGGCCUCAGCCUAGGCCUGGGAAAGGUGUGACCAAUACCUGCAAGGUUUGCUAUCGUAGCCUCGUUGAUGAUAGCUUCCGCUUCUGCUCUCUUGGCUGCAAGAUUGCUGGAUCAUCUGGAGGCUUUGAAAAGGGAAGGAAGAACGUUUUGAUGGAAUCAGAGGAUUCAAGUAGCAGCAUUGGAAUUGGGAAGAACAUUCAGAGUUUCAGCCCAUCAACACCUCCACUUACCGCAUCUAGCAAUUGCAGAAUUGCCAAGCGAAGAAAGGGAAUCCCUCACCGCUCUCCAAUGGGAUAAAAAUGAAGAAGCAAAAGUGUUAAAAGCCAGCUCAUUUGCCAGUUUCUUGAUCCAUAAGAUCACACACAAAGGUUUAACUAAUACAUAAGCUUUUGCCUCUUGUCUUUUUCAUAUAAAUUGCUUUUUCGCUUGUGUUAGGAGAAGAGAAACCAAAUUAUAGGUUUUGUCCUACUAGUGGUAACUCUCUGUGAAUAUGUAAUGUGCUUUGUAUAUUUAUGUGAUGCAAAAAGGGGUAGAAAGGUAAAUAUAGGGAUUUGAAGGGGGGUGGUAAAGUGGGAAUAAGACAAUCCUAAUUUCGGUUGUAAAUUUGGUAUGGUUAGGUGCAUACAUGCAUCUGGAAGAACAAAAUAAAUAAUGAGAUUCCCUACCUUUAUUUUUGCUGGUUUCUAUAGUUUGAAAGUAUUUUCGGCUUUCAAAUAAAUGUGGUUUUAAAAUGUCAACAAGAUUUGUUUAAUCCAUAUGGUAUUUUAUUAAUUCUCAUGGGACCUUGUGUUGGAGAGCAAUUGGUGGGAAAGG